UUGCCACUGCUGUGCUAACGCCACCAAAAAAUGAAGCCUCUCAGUCAAACGCUAGGCCAGGAAACGCUGGGCUUGUCAAAUUUCUGCAACACUGCCAGAGUGCGCGCGCGCCGUCCCGGUGCCUGUGAGCGCGCGCUGGAGAGACACACAGGCGAAGGAGGAGGGAGGCAAAGGGAAAACGGGGGAAUAGCGGUGUGUGUAUGUGUGUGGGGGGUGGGGGAGGGGAAGCAUCGCCGGAGCAGAUUUCUGGCAUCCUGUGUGUGUGUAUAUCGCGCCAUUCUUCGCUGUCUCGAGUCGCUGUAUCUCGCGAGCGGAGGCGUCACCUUCGGUUUGUAGGUCGUUAUCUUGUGUGAGAGUGAGAAUGAGCGACGCCUGGCGCGAGCGCUGUCGUGCUGUGUGAAUCUGCCCCCAGCCUCAAUCAGCGCAUCUCGUGUUCGGAUCUGAUGGGAGCCAAAGCGGAUGCAGGUACAGCAUUAACACCCGGACUGCUCUGAUCGCCCACCAAAUACAAGCAUCUUGUUGCUGUUUGCACAACACAGGGCCUUUUUUUUCCUUUUUUUUUUCUUUAAUUAUUAUUAUUAUUUUUGCAAUGUGAUCUCUGUCGCUUGAGCUGUUUCUUUACACGGAAAGCGGAGGAGGAGGAGGGGAUCUGGACCGGGAUUUCUUUUUUUUGUUCAUUUUUUCCCCCUCACCGGGCUCUACACUGAAUCACGCUCCUGUUAUAAUCUGAGGAUCGGGUGUGAUGCAGGAUCACGUCCGGAAUACGAGAAAGCAUCGCGUAUGAAUCGGAGCUUGACUGUAAUUGUGAUCUUAUCUGUUUUGGCGUUUGUCUUCGCAUUUUUGAGGGAACCCAGCUGGGCAGAUAGGGGAGAUAGAGACGUAGGGGAGAACGCAUCAGAGCUGGAAAACCCAGAGUGCUAAAGAGAGAGAGAGAGAGAGAGAGAGAGAGAGAGAGAGAACAAGGAACAUUAAAUCAUGCUGCCUUCGCAAGAAGCCUCCAAGAUCUAUCAUGACAACUACAUGCGCAACUCGCGGGCCAUCGGCGUGCUGUGGGCCAUCUUCACCAUCUGUUUCGCCAUCAUCAACGUGGUGGUGUUCAUCCAGCCCUACUGGAUAGGCGACAGCGUAAACACGCCGUACGCCGGCUACUUCGGCCUCUUCCACUACUGCGUGGGUGAGGGAAGCUCGAACCGGGAGCUCACCUGCCGGGGCACGUUCUCCGACCUGAGCUCCAUGCCAUCAGGCGCCUUCAAGGCCGCCUUUUUCUUCGUGCUGCUCUCCAUGGUGCUCAUCCUGAGCUGCAUCGCCUGCAUGGCGCUCUUCUUCUUCUGCAACACCGCCACCGUGUACAAGACGUGCGCCUGGAUGCAGCUGCUCUGCGCUGUGUGUCUGGUGUUCGGAUGUAUAAUUUUCCCGGCUGGCUGGGAUGCAGAGGUGGUUCAGGACUUGUGUGGUGAGGAGACAGGGAAGUACACGCUGGGGAACUGCUCAGUGCGCUGGGCCUACAUCCUGGCCAUCAUCGGCAUCCUGGAUGCACUCAUCCUCUCUUUCCUUGCCUUUGUCCUCGGGAAUCGCCAGAGCGACUUCCUUCAAGAUGAAGUCAAGGCUGACAAUAAAGACUUUGCAGUAUCAAGGCAGCCACUGCACCUGACCUCUACACUCCGAAUGGAUGGUAUUGAGAUCCGUGACACAAAGGAUCCUCGUUUUGGUGUCCAGCGGUUCCAUUAAAGAGACGCCACCUCCACUUCUUUCUUCUCUUCCUUCUUCAUCCCCGUGUCCUUCUCUCCUUGUCCUCUCAGGUCUGCGUCUCUGACCUCAGUUAGGAAGCUGCUAGCUCAGCUCUUUGUAAUAUAGGACUGGCCUGGAGCACAUUUCAAGAAGAGAACCUAUUCUACAUACGUACACCUGUUUAAAGAGAAUUCAAAAUCAAGAUAAAAAUCAAUAAAAAAAAAUAAGCUUUACAAAUCCAACAACUCUGGGAAAGUGAUGAACCUUACACAGUAUUAUUAUUCUAUAUUAUUACUAUGAUUACAAUGUUACAGUGAUAAUUAUGCUUGCAACAGCGGUAUUAUGUUCAAAUUUACAUAUUUUAUCUAAAAUGGGAAAAAGCAAUUAUUUCUAGCUUUAAAAAAUACAUUCUAAUAAUGAAUUAAUGCAUAUGUAUAAGUGCUUGGGUGCUACUAGAGACACAGAUGAAUCAAAAAAUCAAGCCAAAAAUCAAAUAAAAGAAAAAAGGGGGCAACAUUUUGUACAGCACAAGAUGUAAUUUUGAAGACCAACUUUUUUUCCUGGAAGAUUUUGAACUCCCUUCUUUGUACACGUGGUCAAUAACCAGAGAUUAGUAUGAGAAAAGAAGUAGUUCAUUUGUAAAUAAUAGAUUUCUAUGGAGACAGGGUACAGACAUAACACAUUUAUUGACCCAAACUAUAUUCCCACUCCACUGCGGAGUGGACUUAUAAAAUCUCUCACCAUUUCUUCACCUCUUGAUCAAAUGGGAGCUGCCAGUUCUCAGAGUUUAUAGCUACACACCGUGAGGAGGCUAUGUUAAUGUCUGAAGGUUAAAUAUUUAUUUUGGCAUGGAACUUUCCAUUCACAAAGCUUCACUGGUUAUUUAAUCUUGUUCACCUUUUAUUAUCAUUUUUUUUAAUUAUCCUCUGUAAAACAGCAGGGAGGUGACAAACAAUGACUAACAAAUGACAAUUUUCACAUUCUGGUUACAAUAAUUUCACUAAUAGUUACUUAAACUUGCUUGUUAUAAUCCUGUUACAUUUUUUCUGUUUGUAAGUUUGUUUCAUACAUUUUGUCUUGACGAAAAGCCCUGCAUGCUGCAUUCUACUCAGGCCCGACAAGUGGAGCACUGAUAAGUGGUAUUUCACCAUUUCCCAGACCCAACGAGUUGAGCAUCAGUGAGACCAUACAACUACACAGCACAACAUAGCUGACCAUGAUGGGUCAACAUAUGAGGUCAAGGAGCAGAUGUUUGCCUUCAAGGGUACACAUGCAGACUGAAGAUUUAUCUCAGUGUUAGCUUCUAAACUCAUGUUAGCUAAGAAACAUUUUGUGUUCUUCUGCAAUGAACAAACCAUGUGCUACAAUCAGCCCCAGGUAAAUGAAAAUUUUUAAUUACAGAAAAAUCCUUAACUCUGCACGAGUCUCAGUUCAGGCCAUUGUGGGUUUCACUACAUUUGGAAAUAGCUUCACACUUUGGAGUCCUCAUGUAUAAUGUAAGGAGGAAAAACACUGUAAUGUCAGUUUGGGGCACAGCUACGCAGUAAUGUGAUUGAAAGACCAAUUUAUUUUCAGGGUUUGAAAAGAUAUGACCACUGUGGUGGUGGAAGUCAGGUGCAGAACUGCCAGAACAGUACUAAGCUCUGAGAUUCUUAACUAAGCAUGGCAAAUAUACAUGGCAAAUAUAAAGCUUCUGAUGUUGCAAUAUUAAAUCUGGUCUGUCAGUUGCAGCGACCCUGAUUGGGGCUUUGAGCAGAUUCAUAAAUCACUGAGGCAAAUUGUGCAAUUAAAUACACCAUGUAGAUGUUUAUAUUCAAAACGUGUUUACAAUGCCAUUUAAGGUUGCAUUUUUGUUCUCUGGUCAAUGUUAGUUUUUAAAAUAGCUGUAAUUUUCUUGUCUCUUCUCCCCAAAAUCCUUUGCACAUGUAACACCUUUUGUGCUCCCUGGACAGAGAAUUUCUUGUACAGAGACUUUCCUUGUGCUCCACAAGAAAGUGUUACAUUGAUGCUGGGAAUAAUUUCCUGGGUCAUUCAAAGGACAAUACACACACUGCACUAACCUGGAGAGAGGGUCUGGAUAGCACUGUGCAGCUUUGUGGUUGGACACUUUCAGAUACAUGAAGCUGAAGUGUGAAAUGUGAAUUCCUCCAUAUGGUGCUUUAUCCCUGUCCCCUUCUCAAUCAGCAUUCUCUCCAUCACCCCAGCCUCAAAUGCCCCACAGCCCCAUGACCAUGGAGGAAGGGGGGGAUGAAGGGGAUGGGAAUGCAAUCUGUGAAUGGGAAGGAGAGAAAGGAGUGGUACAGACCAAGCAGAACUUUUCCUCAGUGAAGCCUGCAAAACAGAAGCAAUGAUCCCCUUGAAGACAUGGCAAAGAGCCUCAGAAUCCCUACAUGUCCACCUUCUCCCUUUUGCCACACUCCCUCUCUCUCACCGUCAUCCAUGAAGACUUAUAAAUGCAACUCUGUGUUUCCUUGAUAAUAUAUGAACAAACAUAAUAGUGGUUUUGAUCACGUAUAAUUUUAUGCCUUUUAAGUCUAAAAUCUUCUUUUGAGCAUUUCGGGGAUCUAAGUGGUUCUAAUGUUCUGGAGAAUCCCUGUACUGCACAGUUUAAUGUUUUCCAUGUUACCACCCACCUGAUUAAAGGCCAGAUACCUCAGAAAAAAGGCUUCUUUUUUUUAUUUACUCAUAUCAGAACAAAACAUUUUUUCUUAAAAUGUAUUCAGAUAUGCAAAUGAGACAACAAUAUAUUAGAUAGGCACUAAUUGGCAUAUCACAAAAAAAUUUUAAACAAAUGGAUUAACUUGGAGUGACUUUUGAAGCUUUCCAACUAUAUAAUGAUUCAAAGUAAAACUAUUUUUAAAAAGUAACCUGAAAAUUUUUUACUUUUUUUGGAAGCAAAAUCACCAUUUUUGCCUGUGGUGCCUGGCCUUAAGAUAGCUGAAGAGUUGAAUCAGGCAUGUUGGAGCAGUAAAAACACUAGACUACAGAACAGGGGUCUCACACAAUGUGAUCUGGGAACCACUGAAAAACAGCUUACUGUCCUCAGGAGUUUUUAUUGUAGUGGGAGUGAAUCAUGUAUGGUUUGGAAAGGAAAGAACUGGAUACAGAAAUACACUUGGAUUAUUUUUACUUCACAAGAUUAAAGGUCAUGCUUUAAACUGCAGUAUUAUGCCAUAUUGUGUAUGACAUCGACCGUUCUAUUAUUAAAAUAAGAGCAAGAAAAGUAAAUAGCAUGAUUUGAGAAUAAUAACUGCGUGUAAAGGAAUGAGGGCACACACUCAAUGACGUGGGUUGGCACAAGUUCUAGGUACAAGUCCAUGGGCCCUGUGAAAAAUAUUUAGAAAGGUUUUACUGUGUGUGUUUUGGAUGUUCACAAAGCCAGUCUUUACAUCACAACUCCUCCAUCAACUGCCUGCAUUAAUCCAUCCAUUCACCUUUAAAGGAAAAUGUGAACAGAAACUCUUUUUUUGUUGUUUUGUUGUUUCAUUGUGCAGACUGUACUGUCUUAUAUGCUGAAACAUUUGGAUUAAGGUCCAAAAAUCAGAGUCCACUAUCAAGAACUGUUACAUUUACUCAGUUGUCAAAUUUUAAAGCAUGCACAUGCCUCAGUACUACUACUUCCUUUAGUGUGUACUGAACAAUUGUAGCUUUUAUUAGUGAACAAUGAUGUUAUCUUCUUUGAGGAAAUAUGAUUAAACAAAACUGCAUUUUUUUCACUUCUUCAUAACUGAUGUCAUAACUGAAAUUCAGUGGAUUUAGAAUUUUGACCCUGUUUGUACACACGAUGGUUUGACCAUUAACUAUUUGCAGAACAGUUUUUUUCUCUCAAUUAAUUCUACUUCUGUGUGUAAUUAUGUGCACUCAGUAUUGAGUUAGGUUUGUCAUUUGAAAAGAAAGAUUGAGGAGAUGCAAAUGGAAAAUGUGAUGUGCUUUUUUCCACGUCGUAACUGUGGCCAUGAUGUACUGCAGCUGCUCUGCUGCUGUCUAUCAAUAACAAUCACAAUGUCACUAUCCUAUCAAAAGCAAUCCUUUCAAGCAGUUCAUCAUUAUGUAUACAACUGGAGAAACACAAAGCACUCCAGUCUUGGAAUAGUUAUUAAUCUGCUACUAAUUGCUGUCACUUUACAUCUCCCUUCUCUCUUUAAUGAUUUUGUAACUUUCUCUGCAAUCUUUUGCUUGGAAAUAGAUGUGCCAAACCGAACUAAGCAGACUGCUGUGGACAGAUAUGACUGAUUUUUUUUUCAGUAUGUAUUUUUUCCCCUGUGCAAGUGUUGAAUGCCUUUCUGUUGGAGUUUUGGGGUUUUUUUGGUCUAGUUAUAAAUGUUCAUUUUAAUCUGAUAUUUUCUGGGAUGCUGCGAUGUCUCUUCAUAAAAUGAAAUAUGUUAUGUGAAUGUUUCUGAAAGAUUGUCAUGGGGGAGUGCAAAAUGGCUGACAUCGUCACCGCCACUUAUACAUUGUUGGUGUUUUAAAAGAUCAAAAAAAAAAAAAACCUGAAAUAAAUCAAUUGAAUCGGAUUUUGAGGUUUAUUUUGCUGUGAAACUGAAUGAUUUGAAAUGUUAAAAGGUAUAUUUAAUUUGACAAACUGACAACUAACCAAUAUCAAACUAAAUUUAAAUUUCUUAACCAUCAAACAGUGACAGAUAUCAUGACUGAUUAAAAGUAUGCAUGAGAAAAAAGAAGGUAGUAAUUAUUCGUAUUACUACUAAGUAUUACUAAUACAUAAUGUACUGUAUACUACACUAUUUUGUUUGUUUGAAUAAUUCAACCAUCAAAUUAUUGCAACGCUCAGAAGGCUCUACGAGCCCACACUCAUCUGCUCAUGUGAGCUGAAGAGCUGAAGCUUUGGCAAAUGCCAUUAGACUGUUACUGAUCAACCCCCUAAUGAGAGCAGUGGCUCU